AGUUGAGAGCCCGCUUCGUGUCUCUGUGUUCACGGUAAACUCCCGGUGAGACUCUGCGGAGGAUCGGUAACGUUAGCGCCGCUGUGGGACUCUGCGGGAACUUUCUGCCUUUUUCUGCAAACCCGUUUUUGGAUCUUCUGCGCACUUGUUGAGAGGAGUUCCCCCUCGGCUAUCAUGCAUAACCCGGCAGUGGCUGUGUGAAGGCGGACACCGACAGGGUGACUACACGGCAGCUCCUUCGAGCAGCUCGUUCUCCUCCCGGCAGAGGAACACUCUCAGGCGUUAGUCGGUGUGGGAACUAAGUUGAGUUGUUGUCUGUCCGUGCGGAGCUCCAGAGAGAUAGAGAGGCUCUCUCCGCUCCACCUCUCUACCUGGGCUGUCCGUUCUCCUCUCCCCGCUGUUGGAGGCUCCUAACCCGGCUGCAGGAUGUCGGACUCUGCGUCCAGUUUCCUCCACAUCGGGGAUAUCGUGUCUCUGUACGCGGAGGGCUCCGUCAACGGCUUCAUCAGCACCCUGGGGUUGGUGGAUGACCGCUGCGUGGUGGAACCGGCUGCUGGGGAUCUGGAGAAUCCUCCCAAAAAGUUCAGAGACUGCCUGUUCAAAGUGUGUCCCAUGAGUCGGUACUCGGCUCAGAAACAGUUCUGGAAAGCCAAACAAGCCAAACACGAGAAGGACAAGAUCGCUGAUGUGGUGCUGCUGCAGAAACUACAGCAUGCGUCCAACCUGGAGCAGAAGCAGAACGAGACAGAAAACAAGAAGGUCCACGGAGACGUCGUUAAAUACGGGACCGUCCUGCAGCUGCUCCAUAUGAAGAGUAAUAAAUACCUGACGGUGAACAAGCGUCUGCCGGCGCUGCUGGAGAAGAACGCCAUGCGGGUCACGCUGGACGUCACGGGCAACGAAGGCUCCUGGCUCUUCAUCCAGCCCUUCUGGAAGCUACGCGCUAACGGAGACAACGUGGUCGUGGGAGACAAAGUGAUCCUGAACCCGGUGAACGCCGGGCAGCCGCUUCACGCCUCCAACUACGAACUGACCGACCAUCAGGGCUGCAAGGAGGUCAACUCUGUGAACUGCAACACCAGCUGGAAGAUCAACCUGUUCAUGAUGUUCAGCGACCACCGAGAGGAGGUGCUCAAAGGAGGUGAGGUUGUUCGCUUGUUCCACGCCGAGCAGGAGAAGUUCCUGACGUGCGACGAGUACAAGAGCAAACUGCACGUUUUCCUCCGGACCACGCUGAGGCAGUCGGCCACGUCUGCUACCAGCUCCAACGCUCUGUGGGAGGUCGAGGUUGUUCAUCAUGACCCGUGUCGUGGGGGGGCGGGACACUGGAACAGCCUCUACCGCUUCAAACACCUCGCCACUGGCAACUACCUGGCUGCUGAGGAGAACCCGGGCUAUAAAGGAGACGCACCCGAGCCGGCCGCCUCGAUUGAUGGUAGCCGUAGCAACAAGCGCUCCCACGGCGAGAGGAUCAAGUACAAGUUGGUGGCGGUGGCUCACGGCAACGACAUCUCCUCGCUGUUUGAGCUGGACCCGACCACGCUGCAGAAGACUGACUCCUUUGUCCCCCGGAACUCGUACGUCCGCCUGAGACACCUGUGCACCAACACCUGGAUCCAGAGCACCAACGUCCCCAUCGAUGUAGAUGAGGAGAGACCCAUCAGACUCAUGUUGGGGACGUGUCCCACUAAAGAGGACAAGGAGGCGUUCGCCAUCGUCUCCGUCCCCGUCAUGGAGAUCAGAGAUCUGGACUUCGCCAACGACGCCAGCGCCAUGCUGAGCACCGUGGUGGAGCAGUUCAGCCAGGGCUUCAUCAGCCAGAACGACCGCCGGUUUGCCAUCAAGCUGCUGGAGGACGUGGUCUUCUUCGUGGCCGACGUCAUCAACAGCGGCCAGGCGGUCCUGGACGUUACCAUGACGAAGGCCAACCGAGAGAGACAGAAACUGAUGAGAGAGCAGAACAUCCUCAAACAGAUCUUUGGCAUCCUGAAGGCUCCCUUUAAGGACCGGGGGGGUGGUGAUGGUCCUCUACUGCGUCUGGAGGAGCUGGCGGACCAGAAAAACUCUCCGUACCAGUACAUGUUCAGACUCUGCUACAGAGUCCUCCGGCACUCACAGGAGGACUACCGCAAGAACCAGGAGCACAUAGCGAAGCAGUUUGGCGUGAUGCAGAGCCAGAUCGGCUACGACAUCCUGGCCGAGGACACCAUCACCGCCCUGCUGCACAACAACCGAAAACUGCUGGAGAAGCACAUCACCAAGAAGGAGGUGGAGACCUUCGUCAGCCUGGUCCGCAAGAACCGAGAGCCCAGGUUUCUGGACUACCUGUCGGACCUGUGUGUGUCCAACAACGUGGCCAUCCCCGUCACUCAGGAGCUCAUCUGUAAAUGUGUGCUGGACCCCAAAAACCAGGACAUCCUCAUCAAGACAGAACGUCGUGUCCCCAAAGAUGCCCCCACCGGCGGUGUUCAGGGAGACUACAUCGGGAUGGACGACUACGGAGACGAUGACGAGGUGUGGCUGGUGUGGACAGAUAAGACCAACGAGAAACAGGAGAAAGGUAUCAGACAGCUGGCUCAGGAGGCCAGGCAGGGAAACGCUCACGAUGAAAACGUCCUCACAUACUACAGGUACCAGUUGAAGCUGUUUGCCCGGAUGUGUCUGGACCGCCAGUAUCUGGCCAUCGAUGAGAUCUCCAAGCAGCUGGACGUGGAGCUGAUCUUUCUCUGCAUGAUGGACGAGACGCUGCCCUUCGACCUGCGCGCCUCCUUCUGCCGCCUCAUGCUGCACGCGCACGUGGACCGCGACCCACAGGAGCUGGUCACGCCCGUCAAGUACGCCCGGCUCUGGACCGAGAUCCCCACCGCCAUCUCCAUCAAAGAUUACGACUCCAACAUGGACGACAGCCGAGACAACAAGAAGAACCGAUUCUCCAACACGAUGGCCUUCAUGGAGGAAUAUCUCAACAACGUGCUCAACGACGAGCUGCCGUUCCACAACGCAGAGAAAAACAAACUCACAUUCGAGGUGGUGAGUUUGGCGCGUCACUUGAUCUACUUUGGCUUCUACAGCUUCUUCGAGCUGCUCCGACUCACCAGAACUCUGCUGGGCAUCAUCGACUGUCGGCCCAACCCCGGAUACGCCGGGGUCUUGUUCCACGAGGACGGAUCAGGGAAGAACGUGAAGCGCUCCAUCCACGGGAUGGGACAGAUCAUGUCCACCAUGGUGCUCAACAGGAAGCAGUCCAUCUUCGGAGGGGGCGGGGCCAGUGGGGCGGAGGCGGGGCUCGCUCUGGACGGGCCAAGAGGAAGUAAAGAUAGCAUCGACAAGGUGGACCUGACCGUGAUGGACACCAAGCUGAAGAUACUGGAGAUACUGCAGUUCAUCCUUAACGUGCGUCUGGACUACCGCAUCUCUUUCCUGCUCUCCGUCUUCAAGAAGGAGUUUGUGGACGUUUACCCCAUGGGGGACGCAGACGCCACCACCAACAUGGAGCACGCAGCUGCCAUUAACCUGCAGUACAUCGGAGAGCAGGCCGAGGCCAUGUUCGGAGUCGGGAAGGGGAACAGUAUCCUGGAGAUGGAUGAUGAGGGAGGCAGGAUGUUCCUGAGGGUUCUGAUCCAUCUCACCAUGCACGACUAUCCUCCGCUGGUCUCUGGAGCUCUGCAGCUGCUCUUCAGACACUUCAGCCAGAGACAGGAAGUACUGCACACCUUCAAACAGGUCCAGCUGCUGAUCUCGUCUCAGGACGUGGAGAACUACAAACUGAUCAAAGCCGACCUGGACCGUCUCCGCACGCUGGUGGAGAAGUCUGAGCUGUGGGUGGAGAAGAAGAGCCGGGGGGACGGCAAAGAGAAAGGAGAGGGGGCAUCGGAGGACGCAACGCCCAAGAAGGACAAGGAGAAAGGCAACGAGAACUACCAGAAAGUCAAAGCGAUCCUGGAGAGGUUGAAUAAAAUGUGCAGCAGUGGAGUUUGGAAGAAGCAGCAGAGGUUGCUGAAGAACAUGGGUGCUCAUAAAGUCAUGCUGGACCUGUUGCAGGUGUCCUACGACCAGCAUGAUGUGAAGAUGCAGGAGAUCAUCCGGUACACUCACCUGUUCCUCCAGAAGUUCUGUACGGGGAACCAGGAGAACCAGACUCUGUUGCACAAGAACCUGACCCUGUUCCUCAACCCCGGGCUCCUUGAGGCCGAGACGGUGCAGCACAUCUUCUGUAACAACUACCAGCUGUGCAGCGAGAUCUCGGAGAGCGUGCUGCAGCACUUCAUCCACUGCCUGGCCACGCACGGGCGCCACGUCCAGUACCUCAACUUCCUGCACACCAUCAUCAAGGCCGAGGGCAAGUACGUCAAGAAGUGCCAGGACAUGAUCAUGACCGAGUUAACCAACGUUGGCGAGGACGUGGUCGUCUUUUACAACGACAAGGCUUCCUUCAACGUGAUGCUGGAGCUGAUGGCGGAGAGCAGGGAAGGGGUCGGAGAGAGCAGCCCACUCAGGUACCACAUCUCUCUGGUGGAGCUGCUGGCGGCCUGCGCCGAGGGGAAGAACGUCUACACCGAGAUCAAAUGUACCUCGCUGCUCCCCCUAGAGGACGUGGUCCGGGUGGUCACACACGAGGACUGUAUCACAGAGGUGAAGGUGGCCUAUGUGAACUUUGUGAACCACUGCUACGUGGACACCGAGGUGGAGAUGAAGGAGAUCUACACGUCCAAUCACAUCUGGAACCUGUUUGAGGACUUCACCGUGGACAUGGCCCGGGUGUGUAACAAGCGAGAGAAGCGUCUCUCUGAUCCCAUCCUGGAGAAAUACAUCAUCAACGUGGUGUUUGACACCAUCCACGCCUUCUUCAGCUCGCCGUUCUCUGAGAACAGCACGUCUCUGCAGACUCAUCACACCAUCGUGACCCAGCUGCUGCAGUCGUCUGUGCGUCUGCUGGACUGUCCCUGGCUGCAGCAGCAGCACCGGGGACAGGUGGAGACCUGCAUCAGGACCCUGGCCUUGACAGCUAAGAGCCGGUCCAUUGCUCUCCCUCUGGAGCUGGAGGCCCAGAUCAGCACCGUGUUGGCCUCGUCCUCUCUCAACUCUCUGUCCCGGUCCAACCCGAACUACAAGUCCCUGUCCCGGUCCUCCAGGACCAUCGCCCCUAGCAACCCCUGGGACUACAAGAACAUCAUAGAGAAACUACAGGACAUCAUCACCACCCUAGAGCAGCGUCUGAAGCCCCUGGUGAAUGCCGAGCUGUCUGUCCUGGUGGACGUCCUCCACCAGCCUGAGCUGCUGUUCCUCGAGGGCUCCGACACGCGCCAGCGCUGUGAGUCCGGAGGCUUCAUCUCCAAGCUGAUCCAGCACACCAAAGCCCUGAUGUGUUCUGAGGAGAAGUUGUGUAUCAAAGUUCUGAAGACUCUGCAGGAGAUGCUGAUCAGGACUCUGGACUUUGAUGAAAAGGGUAUUUCUCUGAGGAAGGUUCUGCUCCAGAACUACCUGUUACCCAAGAAGAACACCAGCGACCUGGCCGAGCUCGGAGCUGCAGCCUCCGUACCCGCCUCCACCCUGCCUGGAGCCGCCGCCGCUGCGGUAUCCGCCGCCGCCGCCUCCGCUGCUCCUGUCGCUGCGGUCAGAGUAGCCGCCGUCUCCGCCGUAGUAUCCUCCACCUUCAAAAUAAAAGAGAACUUUAAUGUAUUAUUGAACUUUACACAAGUACAUCAACAGUAUGUACACACACACACAUCUGUAACUACUCGGGAAGAGGAACCCACGUGGCCGUCUUUCUGUCUUUGUGUGUGUAAAUCCCAGAGUGGUGCUGAUGAACUGGGAGGCUGCAGACCAUCACAUGGUGGGGGGGGCGUCUCUUUCAAUCUCAACUUUAGCGCGGAGCAGGAGCGUGAUUGGGCGGCGGUGGCGGCGGUCCAGUGCCGUCUGGACCGGGAGGGAGGAACCAAACUGUUCACCGACCUGGUGAUGAGCAGCAAGAACGACAAGAUCUUCCAGGAGAGCAUCCAGCUGGCCAUCUGCCUGCUGGAGGGGGGCAACACCGAGAUACAGAACUCCUUCUAUAAACUGAUGAUGGGCGACAACAAGUCGGAGAAGUUCUUCAAGGUUCUUCACGACCGGAUGAAAGAGGCCCAGACGGACAUCAAAGCCACGGUGUCGGUCAACGUCGGCGAGAUGACGCACCGAGCCAGCGAGAAGGAGCUGGACCACGGCGGCUCUCCAGCGUUGGUACUUCCUGGUAGCGGGGGUCUCCCGGUGCUGGUGCCGGGCCCGUCCAUCGCCCCGGCGGUGGCGGUCCAGUCGGCGCCGGCGGAGCAGCGGGAGGUGGAGGCUGAGAUGGGCCCAGCGGUGAUCAUCAUGAAGCCCAUCCUACGCUUCCUCCAGCUGCUCUGUGAGAACCACAACCAGGACCUGCAGAACUUCUUGCGCUGCCAGAACAACAAGACCAACUACAACUUGGUGUGUGAGACUCUCCAGUUCCUGGACAUCAUGUGUGGAAGCACCACGGGGGGCCUGGGCCUGCUGGGCCUCUACAUCAACGAAUCAAACGUCCACCUGAUCACACAGACCCUGGAGACACUCACCGAGUACUGCCAGGGCCCCUGCCAGGAGAACCAGACGUGCAUCGUGACCCACGAGUCCAACGGCAUUGACAUCAUCACAGCUCUGAUCCUGAACGAUAUCAGCCCUCUGUGCCGCUACCAGAUGGAGAUGGUGCUCCAGCUGAAGGACAACGCCUCCAAGCUGCUAUUGGCUCUGAUGGAGAGUCGCCAUGACAGCGAGAACGCCGAGAGGAUCCUGUUCAAUCUCCGACCCCGAGAGCUGGUGGAAGUGAUAAAGAAGGCCUACCAGCAGGAGAGUGAGUGUGAGGGUGUGGAGGUUUCUCCCCGGGAGGUGGGACACAACAUCUACAUCCUGGCUCAGCAGCUGGCCCGACACAACAAAGUCCUGCAGAACCUCCUGAAGCCUCAGAAGAACAGCAAAGAGGGGGAGGAGGGCAUCUCGUCCAUGUUGAACCUGAACAACCGCCCCCUGUCCCAGAUGUUGAAGUCCACAGCUCCAGCUGUUGUGGUGGAACAGGACCCGCUGGAGUACUACGAGCAGCUCACAUCACAGAUAGAGAUCGUCCGUGACGACCGCAGCAUGGAGCAGAUCGUGUUCCCGGUCCAUCCCAUCUGUGAGUUCCUGACCGAGGAGUCUAAGAUCCGAGUGUUCAACACCACGGAGCAGGACGAGCAGGGGUCAAAGGUCACACACUUCUUCGAACAGACAUCCUUCCUGCACGGAGAGAUGGAGUGGCAGAAGAAGCUGAGGAGUAUGCCCGUGUUGUACUGGUUCUCCAGGAGAAUGUCUCUGUGGGGAACCAUCUCCUUCAACCUGGCCGUCUUCAUCAACCUCAUCAUCGCCUUCUUCUACCCGUACGCCUCGGGACAAGUGGGAGCGAUAGAUGACAACCUGUUGCUGAUGCUGUUCUGGAUCCUGACUGGCCUGUCGGUUCUCGGCCUGUUCUCUCAGCGCUACGGCCUGCAGCCUCUCACCAUCGCUCUCAUCCUGCGCUCCAUCUACCACCUGGGCAUCGGCAACACGCUCAUCCUGCUCGGCUCGCUCAACCUGAUCAAUAAGGUGGUGUUCGUGGUGAGCUUUGUGGGCAACAACGGGACGUUUAUUAUGGGAUACAAAGCCAUGGUGAUGGACGUGGAGUUCCUCUACCACCUGGCCUACGUCCUCACCUCCACGCUGGGACUGUUCGUGCACGAGCUCUUCUACAGCAUCCUGCUGUUUGACCUGAUCUACCGCGAGGAGACUCUGUUUAACGUGAUAAAGAGCGUGACUCGUAACGGGCGCUCCAUCCUGCUGACGGCGCUGCUGGCUCUGAUCCUGGUCUACCUGUUCUCCAUCGUGGGCUUCCUGUGCCUGAAGGAGGACUUCAUCAUGGAGGUCGACCCGCUGGCGCAGAUCGCCGCAGCCCCUCAGCAGAGUGAAGCCUCUCAGGAUUUCCUCAAGUCGUGUUCUGCAGACGGGGUCAGCUGCACUGCCGAGACGGAUGCCAUCAGCGCCGCCGAGGAAGAAGACGAGGCGACCUCAGAGCGAGCGUGUGACACCCUCCUGAUGUGCAUCGUCACCGUGCUGAACCACGGCCUGAGGAACGGUGGGGGGGUCGGAGACGUUCUCCGCAAACCAUCCAAGAACGAGCCCUUGUUUGCGGCCCGUGUGGUGUACGACCUUCUGUUCUACUUCAUCGUCAUCAUCAUCGUUCUGAAUCUGAUCUUCGGCGUCAUCAUCGACACGUUCGCUGACCUGAGGAGCGAGAAGCAGAAGAAGGAGGAGAUCCUGAAGACCACCUGCUUCAUCUGUGGUCUGGAGCGAGACAAGUUCGACAACAAGACGGUGUCCUUCGAGGAGCACAUCAAGCUGGAGCACAACAUCUGGAACUACCUGUCCUUCAUCGUCCUGGUGCGCGAGAAGAACAAGACGGACUACACCGGGCCCGAGAGCUACGUGGCACACAUGAUCAAAAACAACAACCUGGACUGGUUCCCCCGGAUGCAGGCCAUGUCUCUGGUGGUGACGGACAGCGACGGAGAGCAGAACGAGAUGAGGAUGUUACAGGACAAACUGGCCGCCACCAUGAAGGUGGUGCUGACACUGACCACGCAGCUCACCGAGCUCAAAGAGCAGAUGACCGAGCAGAGGAAGAGGAGACAGAGGAUGGGAUUUGUUGACGUCCAAUCAGGAGCCAGCCAAUCGCUGCCUCCGAGCGCCGCGGGAGGAAACCACCAGAUGUACAAAACAUAAAGACGCACUGCUGAAGACCAGUCAAACACACACACACACACACACACACACACA